AUGUCAUUUUUUAAAAAUGCUUUUUCAUCUAAGAAAGUAAAACCACGAAAACAAGUUUCAAGAAGUUCAUUGAAGUUACCUGCUGAUGAAUUGUAUCGUGAUUUGAGUUCAAAAUGUGAAGUAAUUGAUGUAAAAUUAGCUGAUAAAAAAAUUGUUUUUGAUAUUAAAAAUGAUGAUUGGAAUACAGCUGAUGUUGAAAGUCUUGGUGAAAUAAUUUCAAGUAGUAGUACACAAAAGAUUCGAAAACAAAUUGACCUAUUACAAGAAGAAAACAAUUUGUUAAAACUUAAAGUUGAAGUGUUAUUAAAUCUUGUUACUGAAUCUAUUGCUGGAAAAUCAUGA